AUUCUUUUUCCCUUUCCAGUUUCAUUUCCUUUUCUCUUUUUCCUUUUACCUUUUUCUUCUUUCCUAUCAACCCAGUUCACAUCAUCACGAUAUCUAACAAUCGGCUAGUCCACCAGCACAAAAGUCAUUCCUGUCAAGGAAUGGCGUGCAAAUAUCAAGUCUGGUGGUAAACCUAACAUCGAGCAGUCGAUGUUGGCAGCUGCGCCUGCCGAAAUCCAAACCGCUCCUUCCAGAGCGGUGUGGAUGGUCCCUAGAGAGCUUCGUAGAAGAAGCUCAAGCCCUUUGAAAUUAGCAACGGCCGAAGUACUAGCCAAACUGCAGCGUAUCACAGGCUGCACCCUGAUGUCGGAAGGCGACGGCAUCGCCGUUUUCAUUGGAGGGGAAUCGGUCGAAGCUACAAAUAAUGCCAUGCGAAAGCUGAGCACUCUUGCGGAAGCGGCGGUAUCGCCGUAUAAAGCCGAUGUCCGCUGCGAGAGCUUCAUAUACGGAGAGGACCAGCAAAACAAUCCUGCUGUCUUCACCUACAUGGCACAUGGAAGAAGAUCCUACCUCAAGUCUUACUUCCUUGACCGAGCAAUCCAUGACUUGAGCGAAAAGUCUUCUGCGUACGGGAAAAUAUUCGAGCGAGGUGUUGUGGUAUCAUUACUAGAUACCGACUCUCAACCAGCCAAAGGUCCGGGAGAUAUAACUCCUGCUAUAUUGGAGAGGGGGAGGAAUGAGCCAUAUAGGGCAUUUGCACCUAAUACAUGGCACUACAAAGCGAAAUCUAGACUUUACGCUUUAAAGGAUGCUCCGCCCAAUCCUAGAAAUAACCCACAAGUUACUUCUUGGAUUAAUAGGCUGCCCCAACCAGAGCUGAUGCUACAUCAUAGCAAUGGAGCCAUUUCUCCUGAGUUGCCAUAUAGGACACAAGUGCAACUUCUCCAGCAUACUCAAGAUAUACCGGAUAAUCUGCAAAACAACCAAAGUGUGGGUUACAAUUCUUCUGAGCUGCCCAACACACAGGAACUGUCCCAACAAACUUCCUAUGAACAUCAGCACCCAACAGGAAGAUCAAACAUAAGAUUAGUUGAUGAAACCCGUCACUUACUGGACUCUAAAUCACCUCAUAUUCCAGUAGUGUCAGGUGUGGGGCAACCUUGCAAUGUCGCCAACAGUGCACAAAAGCAUCCAACAGAGCAGAAUCUUGAGAAGCCCGACCAGAAAGAACAGGAAGGGCUCUUGGUCAGUUUUGACAUGGCUGAGACAACAAAGGCGUCGCCGGUGGGCGCGCAAAUUCCUACAAAUGCCUCUGACUCUGAAAUCGUACCAGAGGAUCCAUUUGCUAAGAUAUGGAAUGGUGUUCGAAAAGGAGAUAUUUGCGUGGAACCUCGAGCUGCUCCUAAGACUCAGCAUUCUACUAUGAGGCAAAAGGCCGGUCGCCGGGGUGAUAAUAUUCUAGUCCGAGAUCUCCUAUCUAAUCACAAACACAAGGCUCCAGACUCCGAUCCGGAAUUGAUCCAAGCCAUUACCCAGAAGCUUGUUCAAAUGUUGAGUUCUCUGGAUGUCUUUACUGGUAAGGUAUAUUUGAAAGCUGAACUUGGACGUCUCUGUCUUACCAAAGUUAAUCACAAUCAUGUGUGUCUAGAGGACACCCCUUUUCAUAGUAAGGCUAAGCCACUGCAAGUCAUCAAAGAAGCCUUGGAUAAGCAUCAUGUUAAGCCACGAGACCUUGUCUUUACGAAGAUUCUCACAGGAGAUGGUGGAGAUGCCAACUAUAUUUCAUUUGCGGAGGACAGUUCUGGACAAAGAUUAUGGUCGCCGAAUACUCGUCACGCCAUCUAUGAGAUCCACUGUCGUGCUAAAACAACUGGUGGAAAGCAUCAAGAUUUCACUCUAGAGGUCGAUGCGAAGAGCUUUGAGUAUAGAAUCCAUGAGCUGAGUGGUGAUUCUUGCUCUGUUUUUGUGCAUUGCCCCAAAAGGUCAUGGGAUUUCCAAGUUACUCUCUGCAAGUUGCAAGAUUUGAGAGAAACUUACAAUGACUUCGCCGAAGAUCUCGUUAACGAUAUGCGGGUCAUAACGCAAGGAUCUAGUAUACCGUUGUUGGAAUUUAUUGUCAAGGAAGCAUAUCAAGUCAAGAUACUACUUGUCCGAACCCGCAACGUCGCAACUUACGUGAGGAAAGGAGGAAAUAUCCAAUCAGCCUUGGGCGCUCAUGGCCUACAGUCACCAGCUUCGAGAGUACUUGAGAUUUCCGAGGUGCAUGACAUGGCACCAAGAACCGUUGGUGAUAGCAAUGGAGAUGUAACAAUCCAAUUCCAGCAGUACGGCGGAAAUCAGCAGCUUGGCCAGCUACCCACUUGGUACGAGGUUUCAUUGCAAUCCAAGGUGAUCAAUGAGGCGCUGCAACAGAACCGAGAUCUCGAACUGGGAGAGAAAGUGACUUGGACACCCCAGCAGCUUCAAAGCACCGGUGCAUUGAGUGAUCUUAUUAUGUCUGCAACCGAAGUGGUAAAGCAAAUCGAUGGGGUAGGUUAUUGGGGAGAUAACUUCCAAGACGGUUUGAUCCACGGCGAGCCUCCAUCAGGGCCAACAGCAACUUCCAAGUCACAUUACUGGUAAUGGGACUAUUCAGCCAAGGAGUACGAACGACUGGCCUUAUUUUGUGACGCGUGAAGAUGAAAACGUAUGUUUUGUUGAAAGAGGGAAUGUUGGCGUCCGGAUCGGCGUCGUGAGCAAAUUCUGCUGUAUACCUCUAUUCUAGUCUAUUCUAGUCUAUCUCUGCUUGUGUGAUACGGUAUAGGUAAUCAUUUGCUUUUAUUCGAAACUUUGAUAAGAUAUCACAUAAUCGAUAUUCCCUUAAUGGGCAAGGCUACAGUCAUAAUGAGAGGUACUUUAUCAGGUGAUACCUAAGGCAGUUUAAUUUCAAUUGAUCGGAUAUUCGAAGCUAGGUUACCUCAGGUAGUCUACAAUUCAAGUUCAUGCUUCAUGAAUGAACGCUAGGGGAAAAAAAAAAGGCAAAUUGAAAUGCUUAUAAAUUUCUAUAAUGCUUGGCUUUGCUUUUUGCUGGCUCUCAAUCGAGAGCUGUUCUAAUUAGGUCGAUAUAACCUCAAACGUUCUUCAUCUGUGAAUCGGUAGGGGUUGGAGAACGAACACCUACACUACCUCUAGCAGGUAUUCCUUUUAUG